ACAGAGUCCUGCGAAGAAGGAGGAUUUUGAGCACGCGAAGAUGUUUUGGGAGUUGAGUGAGAAGCUGUUGGAGCAAGGGAAGAUCAAGCCUCAUCCGCUGAAGGUGGCUGAGGGUGGCUUAGAGGGCGUGUUUGAUGGGCUGGAGCAGUUGAGACGUGGCAAGGUUAGCGGUCAGAAGCUUGUUUAUCGCCUUGGUCACCUUGGUGAUGAUUGAAGGCGCCGGGACGGAGUGGGAAACCUUGGAAUCACCACGACGCGUCGACGCCCAUACCAAGUGGGAUCAACACACCAAUGAAGCAUGCAUGUGAGGUACCUGUAUGCUUACACUUUGGCUUUGUUUUUUCGUGUUAUAGCAUCCCCACUGGGCCCGAACUAGCCACCGCUGAUGUCACGUCUGCCUCCGGAGGCGAAGUCUACAUCCAAGUUUCCAAACACUAGCUCCAUCGAAGUAGAACUCUCUGUUGUUUUGCUCGCCUGUCUUCACUCUUCUACUUCUUCUACCUGCCUUUUUGCUGCAUUCUGCUUUCUUUCGCCAUUAUUCCAACAUGGCCAUUCUCCGGGACCUGCUGCUCACCGCGCCUCUGCUCGCUCUUGUGGCAGCGUCUCCCGCGCCGACGGCGGCGAACAACAAUAACAUCCGAGCUCGAGCGCCAGCAACGACACCUUCGCCCGUCAAACGCGAUCCGACGAGAACGUAUAAGAAUAGAAGAGAUAUUCUCAGCGACCUCAAGUCCGAUGUGGAUGGGAUACUGUCCAGCUUAGGGUCCGAUAUUCCUUCAUAUGUCGCCAGUGGAGUCCCCAACUUCUUUCAGGACUUUCCCAGUGGAGACGAUGUCCAAAGCUCUCUGGGAAUCGGCGAUGAUGAACUUGCGGCAGUUCCUACACAGGCAUUGAAUAUUCCUCCCUAUGCCAACUACACGGAUCAAGGAUGGAAUGUGCGGUUCCAUGGAAACAUUUACAAGCAGCCCAACACAUCCGAAAGCGACCUGAAUCGCUUGGCGAAUAUAUUCCUCAUCGACACGUCUGUGGACGAAUUGCCACCAAGUCAAGCGGAUCAGGCACGAAAUGUGACUGCCGCUAUCUUUGUGGUCCAGCAGCCCCACGUUAAUGUGUCUCCGAUCUCGAUCGAGCCCUUCAAUGGCGAGCAUGGGAACGUUGGUGUCGCUCAGACAAUCACUCUUCCAUACGAAACCACGGCCGAAGGAGACUUUGAUGUCUUUGUGCCGAUCAACAGCGAGGGUCUCGCGCGAGGCAACGAGACUCAGUCUCUCCAGAAGAUGAAUACCUGGGUGGGAAAUACCACGAACGGCAAUGCUACCGCAUAUCUGGUACCUGACCAAGGCCUUACCAUCAUAUCGGAUAUUGACGACAUUCUACGCGUGACCAAGAUUUAUGAUCCCAAGGAAGGACUUUUGAAUUCGUUUGCGAGACCUUUCGUGCCAUGGGAGAAUAUGCCGGAAAUUUAUGCCAACUGGUCGCAAAGCCUACCAGAUGCGCAUUUCCACUACCUCACCACGUUACCAGAACAAGUGACUCGAAACUACGAGGAAUACAUCUACGCCACAUAUCCGGCAGGAUCGUUCGAUACGCGACCAUUAAAUUUCACCAAUGCCAAAGAAACGCUGACGGUGCGAGAGUUUUUGCUGGUCAAGAUCUUCGAGACGUUUCCUCAGCGCAAGUUUGUCUUGGUUGCAGAUACUUCCAACAGUGAUGUAAUGAAGGACUAUCCCAUGAUGGCGCAGAAGUAUCCCGAUCAAGUACAGUGUAUCUUUUUACGCAAUACGACAGCAACGGACAGCUCGGAUCACUUUCCCUACGAUACUUCGGGAUUCCAAGGACUCGAUCAGAAGAAGUACAUGUUUUUUGUGCAUGCCGAUGAUUUGAAGGGAAUCAACAUUGCUGGCGAUUCAUGCUACAACACGUCAAUUCCACAAAAUCUCACAUUUGGAUACCAAGGGCUUCCAUUGGGCAUCGGCAACGACGCAACGGUCAACGGCAGUGCCAACGGGCAAGGGAACAGUUCCGACUCCGGUAGUGGUAGUGCAGCUUCUGCCAGUGCAGCAGCCAAUACCGGAUUGACAUUUUUUGCAUUUAUGGGAUUAAUGUUUUGGCAAUUUUUGUGAGCGAGCGAGCGAGCGAAUGAAGCAAUUUUUCGGUUACGAUUUAAUAUAAUGAUGAUGAUGUUACGCUUGUACCUGAUACAUGUGUGUAGUGAACAUCAGUCAUACAUGACUAAGCAGUUUGAUACUCC